CUUCCGCCGAGCAAAUCAUUCAUAUAGGUCGACUAUAAGAUCAUCCUGGCCCUUAUUCUCAUGUGCUCGACUUAUAAAGAUAGUUAGGAUAAUACUAUAUCUACUAAGGAACGCGGACUCUCAAGAUGCUUUGCGAAUGGUUCACGCGCGAGCAAACCGGAGCAACCAAGGCUAUUGAAUACAUCAAGACGCAUAAAACGCAAAGCGGAGUGGACAACAUAUUUGGGGCGAAGUCAUCCACGGUGCCUCCUGUGGACUCCCAGAAACGGAAGAUCAUUGGGCAUUUCAAUGGUUUCCCGAGAAUAUCGGAGGAUAUGCACUCUCCGUUUCAGGUUGAGCGGGAACCGCUAUUGAGAUGUGCUCUUGUCGCUGCUGUGACAGGCUGCAAGCUUUACAUUGGCUACUUCAAGAACAAGCACCGUGAGCUGAAAGAGGCACUAGAGGUUAAUCGAACGAGGAACUCGACGAUAUAUAUGUGA